CCUCAGCAGAGGGCAGCCCCAAAGUCUCGUAACAGGAAGGAUUAAAGUCCACGAAACAUUGAAACCUGAAAACCCCGGAAAAACCCUACAGACACAAAGCGUCGAUUUUUCUUGUAAUCAGAAUCUUUUCUUUCUACGUAUAGCCAAGGCAGACCAAAGGGCAGGAGCCAGGAAGCCGAAAGCUUUUCUAGGCAGCAAAAAUGGAGGUGGAAACAGUAGUCAACAAUGUCAUCUGCCAAUUCACUGACCCAGAAGGGAAUUCUCUUGGACCUCCUCUGUACCUGCCACAGAACGCCGGCCCGCCUCAGCUUCAACAAAUCGUUAACGAGCUUCUAAAGAAUGAAGAGAAGCUGCCAUAUGCUUUUUACAUAUCAAAUCAGGAGCUUGUGGUGGCUCUUGAAACUUACUUACAGAAAAACAAAGUUUCUGUGGAGAAGGUACUGCCCAUAGUUUAUCAGCCGCAAGCUGUCUUCAGAAUCCGUCCAGUUAACCGUUGUUCGGCUACUAUUGCUGGUCAUUCUGAAGCUGUACUUUCAGUUGCCUUCAGUCCGGAUGGACGGCAUUUGGCUAGUGGUUCUGGGGAUACCACUGUUCGCCUAUGGGAUCUUAACACCCAGACCCCUAUGUUUACUUGUACAGGACACAAGAACUGGGUUCUCUGCAUUGCAUGGUCGCCUGACGGCAAGCAUCUUGUAAGUGGGAGUAAGGCUGGAGAGCUUCAGUGUUGGGAUCCUCGAACUGGAAAGCCAUCAGGCAAUCCACUUUCGGGCCACAAGAAGUGGAUUACUGGCAUCUCCUGGGAACCAUUGCACUUGAACUCUCCUUGCUCUCGGUUUGUUACUGCUAGCAAAGAUGGUGAUGCACGGAUAUGGGAUACAAAAUUGCAUAGAAGUGUUAUCUGUCUUAGUGGACACAAGCUUGCUGUAACUUGUGUAAAGUGGGGCGGAGAUGGGAUAAUUUAUACUGGCUCCCAGGACUGUACAAUCAAAAUGUGGGAAACUACCCAAGGGAAGUUAAUUCGUGAGCUGAAGGGUCAUGGCCAUUGGGUUAACUCCCUUGCAUUGAGUACUGAAUAUGUGCUUCGCACAGGAGCAUAUGAUCAUACUGGGAAAAUUUACUCAUCGCCUGAGGAAAUGAAGAAGGUUGCUUUAGAAAGAUACAACAAAAUGAAAGGGAACGCCUCUGAAAGGCUUGUCUCAGGUUCUGAUGAUUUCACCAUGUUCCUCUGGGAACCUGCUGUUAGCAAACACCCUAAAACUCGUAUGACAGGUCAUCAACAGCUUGUAAAUCAUGUUUAUUUUUCACCUGAUGGUCAAUGGGUGGCUAGUGCAUCUUUCGACAAGUCUGUUAAGUUAUGGAACGGCAUCACAGGGCAAUUUGUUGCGUCUUUUAGAGGUCAUGUUGGACCGGUUUAUCAGAUCAGCUGGUCUGCUGACAGCAGGCUUCUUCUGAGUGGGAGCAAGGACUCGACACUGAAGAUAUGGGAUAUAAGGACCCGGAAGUUGAAGCAAGAUCUUCCAGGCCACGAGGAUGAGGUAUUUGCUGUUGAUUGGAGUCCAGAUGGCGAGAAAGUAGCUUCCGGAGGUAAGGACCGCGUACUGAAAUUAUGGAUGGGCUAGCAACCGGAACACCAAAAUAAGCAAAAGCUUGCAACUUGAUGUGGUUGAAAGUUGAAGUUAGAUAAGUGUUGGUGAUCCUGCCUUUCAAUGGCUAGCAAUUUUGGGAUAGGAAGUGCAAGUUAUGCCUUCAGCUAAUAGGAAAUUAGCAAGAAAAUCUACGACAGCCACAAGGGGUCAGAACCCUAAACUCACUGAUGGUGUGCAGUAAACCAGUAGCGCAGCCAUAGCAGUGAUUUCACUGGUGUGUGAAAUCAUGAAUGUGGAAGACUGGCUAGUGUCGUUUUUGGAGGUAGUUCACCUUAUCUGAAUUCCCUCUUGCUCUUGCAUCAGGGAUGAGCUUGGCAAGAUGGCAAAACUUGUUGACCUCUUAAUACUUGGAUUGUUUUGGUUUGGUCUGUAGAUAAACAAGUCGAUUCUAUAUCUGGAUUGCACGGUUUUGCCGUUAUUUCCUGAAGUAGAAUGUAUGGCUAUUUGAUGGUUGUUUAAUGAAAAGGCCCGGAAACU